CGGACACGCUGAUUUCAUUGUCUGAGGCAGCAGUGGAGACCCAGGAAAAAUCUCGCUGAAUCCGCCUGUCCCGGCAGUGGUCUGUCUGGGUUCCUCUAAUCCCUUCCGUGACUGCACCACGCCCGAGAUGAAUCUACGUUCUGUAUUUACUGUAGAACAACAAAGGAUUUUACAGCGUUAUUAUGAAAAUGGAAUGACAAAUCAAAGUAAAAAUUGCUUUCAGCUCAUAUUACAGUGUGCGCAGGAGACUAAACUGGACUUCAGUGUAGUCAGGACGUGGGUUGGCAAUAAGAGAAGAAAAAUGAGUAGUAAGAAUUCUGAAUCAGUAGCAGCAACAACAGGAACUGUUUCUGGUACCUCUUUGGCAGCUCCAGACAUCACAGUCAGAAAUGUGGUUAAUAUUUCUCGACCCUCAAGCCAACAGUCUUCUUGGACACCUGCCAAUAAUGAUGUCAUUGUAACUGGCAUAUACAGUCCAGCCAGUUCAUCAAGUAGGCAAGGAACAACCAAACAUACAAAUACACAAAUUACAGAAGCACAUAAAAUCCCUAUUCAGAAAACAGCCAGUAAAAGUGAUACUGAAUUUCAGUUACAUAUUCCUGUCCAAAGACAAGUAGCACACUGUAAAAAUGCUUCCCUGCUCCUAGGUGAAAAAACAAUUAUUUUGUCAAGACAGACAAGUGUGCUAAAUGCUGGAAACUCAGUAUUCAAUCACACAAAGAAAAGCUAUGGAAGCUCUUCAGUGCAAGCUUCUGAAAUGACAGUACCUCAAAAGCCAUCUGUGUGCCACCGACCUUGCAAAAUUGAACCAGUUGGGAUUCAAAGGGCAUAUAAGCCUGAAUACACAAGUCCAGCAUCACAUAAUUUAUGUGGGCAAAAGCCAACUAUUAGAGAUCCUUACUGUAGAACACAAAAUUUGGAGAUCCGUGAAGUGUUUUCAUUGGCAGUUAGUGAUUAUCCCCAGAGAAUUCUGGGAGGAAAUGCCCCACAGAAGCCUAUCUCAGCAGAAGGAGCUUAUUUGUCCAUUGCGAUGGAGACUGGAGAUGCUGAGGAUGAAUAUGCCAGAGAGGAAGAAUUGGCAUCAAUGGGAGCACAGAUACCAAGCUAUUCAAGAUUUUAUGAAAGUGGCAGUUCCCUUCGAGCUGAGAACCAAAGUACAACCUUGCCUGGGCCAGGAAGAAAUAUGCCAAAUUCACAAAUGGUGAAUAUUAGAGAUUUGUCAGACAAUGUACUUUAUCAAAACAGAGACUACCAUUUGACACCACGGACCUCAUUACAUACAGCAUCAAGUACAAUGUACAGUAAUACAAAUCCAUCACGGAGUAAUUUUUCUCCACAUUUUGCAUCAUCAAACCAAUUGAGAUUAUCACAAAACCAAAAUAAUUACCAGUGCUGCUUGUCCCUCGCUGCUUCUCUGCAGAUUCAUGAAGCUGAUCCUGUGGGAGAGCAAUUCAUUCCUAUGUGGUUGUCCGCAUUCUUCACCUCCUACUCUGGGAGCAGAGAGCAAGGAGGUCACCCCUAA